CGCGUCAAUGCCAACCUUGCAUGCAGGGGUAUGCAAUGUGUACGUACAUACAACACAUACAUCAUACACAAAGAAAACCAUAGAAAACUGCGAAUAUUUCAUGAGGUAUUAUAUCUAUCCGAUCUUGAUGAUACCGUAAAACAUGGACACUCUCUGCCACUCUCCGCUAUGAAUGCGAUAUAAUUUAUUUAUAUACUCGUUCGUGGGAAAAGAUGGCGUGGCCAUGAAUGGCCGUUGAUGUGACAGACUAGAGGAUCUAUCAGCGGAUACGAGAUACUCCACUUUUUGGUGCGUAUCCCGCGAAGAAUGUCCGACCGUGAUCCUGACAAUUUGAUGUCUACGACCGAGGAGAAUUUUGACUAUCUGUUCAAGAUCGUGCUGGUCGGUGACUGUGACACGGGAAAAACAUGCGUCGUCCAAAGAUUCCGAUCGGGUACCUUUAUCGAGAGGCUUGGAAGUACGAUCGGUGUCGAUUUUUCGAUGAAAACGGUGGUGGUUGAUGGCAAACGAGUGAAGCUCCAAAUAUGGGACACAGCAGGAUUAGAGCGAUUUCGAACUAUAACUCAGAGUUAUUACCGCUCGGCAAAUGGUGUAAUCCUAGUUUAUGAUAUUACAAAACGUCCAACUUUUUUAAACCUCCAACGUUGGAUCGAAGAAGUCCGAAGAUAUACCUCGUCUCAUGUUAUACUCGUAUUAGUUGGCAACAAAUGUGACUUGGAGGGUUAUCGGGAAGUAGAGAAGGGUGAAGCUGGAGCAGUGCGUGAAUGUGUACCAGAAGUCUUACAUGUUAUAGAGACAUCGGCCAAAGAAAAUACCAACAUAGAUGAAGUAUUUUAUUGCUUGGCAUCUGAACUAAAGAAGCGUCACGAAAAUCGUCAGAUUAAAUCAAGCGAGGACGAUAUCGUGAUGCUUGGUAGUGGCCGAGAAUUGUCUUCCUGUUCUGUUUGUUCGUACAAAGUGCUUUAAAAGUUUCUAGACAGAAUGAUAAUUGAUAUUACCAUGUACUGACUGAUGCAGUCCUUUCAUGGAAAAGCCAUUAAUGUACAAAUGUUUUUCAUGUAUACAUUUGAGAAAUGUUAAAUAUGCAGUUCUACUUUUGUGGUCGAGUAAGGCAAAACUUAUCGAUAACUUAUCUGUUAAUGCACAAGUUACAUUGCACUACUAUUAAAAACCUGAGAAUUGGAAUGAUUUCUAAUGAUGUCAAUAUGUGACAUAUUGUCUGUUUAAAUUGUCGAUAAAUUUGCUAGUAAAGAAAAUGUUUUAACGAGUUGUUAAAAAAACUGUUAUUCUAGUUUGCUGCGUUAUACCGAUCUAAAAAAGUAAAUGCUCAAUGCUUGUUCAUUUUCAAUAACAAAUUUAUUUCAUAAAAUCUAAAGUUUAUAUAGGUUGCAAGAAUAUAAUCAGUCGUUUGACUAGAAGUUUCAUAAAGCUUAACCUUACUGUACCCAAGUAGAACUACAAUUUUUAAACUUUACAACCUUGUAAAUUAUGGAUCUGAAUUAGUCUUGAAAAUGAUAUAUUUGUUACUAUUUAUGUUUUAUAUUGAAACUAUUGCAAUCGAGAGAGCACUAAGUAUUUGUAAUGUACAUAAGUGCAUGAGCACUUCCGAUACUGUUGUAUCGAAAGUAAACUGUUAACAAAAUUUGUAACAUUACUAGCGAACUUGGCAUUGUAUUUUAAUAGGCUGUUGCUAAUAUAUUUUUGUACGAUAAAUUGGAUUUUAUUUUCCUAUUACUAACUGUUAAAUAUUAUGCAAAUUAAGUAUUAAAAAUAGCAAAUAAUGACCAGGCUUGAAGAUGAAACAGGAUAACCAUCUUUAAGUACUAGCGUCGAUAAUCUUUAUUCAAUGAAGUUCCCAUAUUGAAUGAAGGCAGUCAUUUCUCUUAUGAAACCUUUACCAUGUGCUAUAAAUAAAAAUGUGUUUAGAACAUA